AUGAAUCAGGAAAGAGUCAGAAUACCUGAGUCACAAAGGCUAUCAGAAGAAUCACUAGAUGAUGACGAUGAUGACAUAUCAGAAAUUGCAAUAGGAUCAUCUGCGCCUCCUGACGCACAAAUAGAUUUAUCUCCAUGCCAGCAAGAUGGUGUAAUCUCUGCAUGGAGAGGCAGCUCUGAAAGUAAGACCCCCUUUGAAUUGAUUGCGUCACUAAGAGGCCACACUGAAGUUGUGGUUUGUCUUAGUGUUGGUCGGAAUAUGCUCUACUCAAGGGCCAUGGACCAUAGCAUAAAGGUGUGGGACCUUGAUACAUUGCAGUGUGAAAGGACAUUCAAUGGACAUACUGAGGUAGUCACAUCCCUUAUUUGUUGGGAGCAGUAUUUGUUAUCAAGUUCAUUCGACUGCACAAUUAAGGUCUGGGGUUUCACUAAGGAGGGAACUUUGGAAGUAACAUAUACACACACAGAGGAAAAUGGUGUUCUUGCACUUUGUGGGAUGACUGAUGCAAAAGCCAAGCCCAUACUGUUUUCAGAAAGAGGUAGGCUAUUUUUGCAAAAAGAUGUUCGGUCAUUACAGAUAGGUCUAGAUAGGGUUGUGCUUGUCUUUACCAGAGAUGAGACUGGUUUGCUAACUGUCUGGAAAUGGUUCGAAGAGCCCAAAGUGCCAUGA